CUAUAGCCCACAUCAAAUCACACACUCUCUGGUACACAUCGGCUAAAUUCAUUAAGAGCUAGCUUGAGAGGAGAGACAAUGGCCGCAGCUUUCCUUAAGCUUUCUCUUGCGCUGGCAUGCGUACUGCUGCUGUCGUCGGCGGCGUGCCAUGGCCUGGAGGUGGGUUACUACAAGAAGACAUGCCCCCGCGUGGAGGCCAUCGUGAGGGACGAGGUUAAGAAGUUCGUCUACAAGAACGCCGGCAUCGGCGCCGGCCUCAUCCGCAUGUUCUUCCACGACUGCUUCGUCCAAGGAUGCGACGGCUCCGUCCUCCUGGACCCUACGCCGGCUAACCCGCAGCCCGAGAAGCUGAGCCCUCCCAAUUUCCCCAGCCUCCGCGGCUUCGAGGUGAUCGACGCGGCCAAGGACGCCGUCGAGAAGGCGUGCCCUGGAGUGGUCUCGUGCGCCGACAUCGUCGCCUUCGCCGGCCGCGACGCAGCCUACUUCCUUAGCAAGAUGAAGGUCAAGAUCAACAUGCCGGCCGGCCGCCUCGAUGGCCGCGUUUCCAAUUCCACGGAGGCCCUCGACAACCUGCCGCCACCAUUCUUCAACCUCGACCAGCUCGUCGCCAGCUUCGCCGCUAAGGGCCUCAGCGCCGAGGACAUGGUCGUGCUCUCCGGCGCCCACACCAUCGGGGUCUCCCACUGCUCGUCCUUCGUCUCCGACCGCAUCGCCGUCACCUCCGACAUCAACGCAAGCUUCGCCAACUUCCUGAGGAGGAGGUGCCCCGCCAACCCGAGCACGGCCAACGACCCCACGGUGAACCAAGACGUGGUGACCCCCAACGCUCUCGAUAACCAGUACUACAGGAAUGUCCUCGCGCACAAGGUGCUGUUCACGUCCGACUCCGCCCUUCUUACGACGCCGGCGACGACGCAGAUGGUGCGCGACAGUGCCAACAUCCCCGGGCAGUGGGAGGCUAAGUUUAACAUGGCCAUGGUCAAGAUGGGAGCGAUCGAUGUGAAGACUGGCAAGCAAGGCGAAAUCAGGAGGAAGUGCAGGAUCGUCAACCACUGAUGAUCGAUCCAUGAAUCAUCACGGUGUUGCGUUAAUUCGUUUGUGCGCUUUAGUUUUGCACUGCGUGAGGUCAUCUACUUGUGAUUUUCGUUCAAUUUUCAUGCAUGUACUGUAAUUGGUUGUUUUGACUGUUCAAAUUCUUUGGCUGCUUAUAUUAUUGGUGUUGAAGUUAACUUUG